CGGACUCGCUCACUCCUUUGCUCUCUGGCCUCUGGUUUUGCUUGCUAGGGUCUUUCUGGAUUUCAUUUUGAGCCACACCACAAGCUCAGAAUGGACUCUAGACCCCAGAGGGCUAAACAUUUAGCAAGCCUGGGGCAAAGGUGAGCCUCACAGGAUGUUAGUGCAGAGGCUGAUUCGCAGAGCAAAACUCUAGCAGUAACUCUUCCAAUGGAAAUCCCGUGGUACUAUUUUCUCUACCUGUACAGGGCCUUUGUGGAUGCCCUCUCCUUGUGCGAAGAACCCAUGAAGCUGCAUGCUAGUGAGCUCAACCGAGACCAGUAUCUUGGCAGAUGGCUCUUCAUAGCUGCCGCUUCAUCAUCCCCUUCCUCACUGAGGACAUUCACCAGUGCCGACAGCACUUUGUUUAGCAUGACUCAAAGCAACGACCCACAGCGACUGCAACUGCAGGCCGCCAUCCGGCUGAAGACAGGCCAGUGUGUUCCCAGAUCAUGGAUUUACCUGCUUAAGGAAGGAAGUGCAGAUCUGGCAACAGAAGGUGUCCCUACAUGAAGACAGAACUGUUCUCUGCCAAGUGUCCCGACUCCAUAAUUGUCCAGGAAACAGACCAAGGCUAUCCGAGAUCCUUUUGUACU